AUGGCCUCAUAUUCCUGGGCUGUGAUUUGCACGUACCCCGGCGAACCAUGGCUGGAGGAGUUGGGAAGCUGGCCCAAGAUCUCCUUCCAAGGAAAGACACCUCGCCAAAUUGCCGCCAUCAAGAAUUCCACACAAUAUAGACUGAACACCAUCCGGUUGUCGUUGUUGCGCAUCGAACCGCGCAUCAUCAUCGAGCCUCUGAUCGUGGCAGUAGGGUUGCUCCAAGGACGGGAGAAACCAUUGUGCGCUCUCUUCUCGCUGAUCGGCGACUACUUUGUGCCGGCCAACUCUAACUGGAUAUUGCCGGCCAAACAACAAUUCGUCGAACAGGUCUUCCUCCCUGCUUUCGAAUACCGUGCUAGCAUCCGGUCGCCCGAGGCCUUUGAAACGACCACCCGGGUCGAGCGGUGCCUCUUCGCCGUUUUCGUCAAGUUUGCCGAGCUGAUGACAGAAAAACAGCUGAAACCCGUCUGGACAGAGCUGAUUUCCUGGGCUGAAGAUGCGCUGAAGCCGGAAGCUGACAUCAGUUUGCGCAUUCGCAUGAUUACUUUGCUGCACUUGGCCAAUCAUUUCUAUGAGUCGUUCAACACGCUCGCGAUCCCGUACUUUGGGCGGUUGAUCGAAUUAUCUGCUCGUGUCUUGCGCACCUGCAACACUGCGACAACGGACUCUGCGCAACUUUUCCUCCACGGUGGCAAGGAAUCAAUCGAGGGCUUGGAAUGCGACCUCGCCCUCAUCCAGUCCAUUGAUCUGAUCAGAAGCUGCGCCAAACACCGCGAAUUCUUCACCGAGGAGCGCGCCGAUCUUGUCAUCCAGCCGCUCGUCGCCGAGUUGGAAAAUUCUAAAUGCGCUGGGCACGAGGCCCGCUGUGUGCCUCAUUUGGCUGACGCUAUUUACCAGGUCUCUGAUGCGCACCCGAACAAGUUUGCCAACAUGCUCAACGAGAUCUUUCAGAAAACGAGGAGCCGCAAGCCAAAGAUUCGCUACCGUACACUGCUGAUGGUCGAACGGCUCUUCGACAAAAUUGGCGAUUCCAUUGCCCCGCACUUGCCGAUGGUUAUGCCGUUUAUUUCGGAGUUGCUUGAAGAUGAGAACAAGAAUGUGGCUGAUCAAUGUGACAAGAUCGUGCGGCUGCUACAGAUGAAAUUUGGCGCCGAGCUAAACCAAGCAUUCACCACC